UACAGACGACACUAACAUGGCACGUGGGAAAGGUAAACGAAACUUCAAACAGAAAGGUGGAAAACACCAAAAGAAGUCUAAACCCACUGGUAAGAAGCAGAAACCGUCCAGUAAUGGCAGGGACAUUAAACACAGAGAUCAGUUCAAACGUCAUCUUCUUGACACAACCGAUAAAAGAGUUGUAAAGCGGCGGAAGGUAGAGGAUGAGCUCCCCGAGGACGACAGUGAAGAAGAGGUCGACGCUUACAAGCAGCUACUUUCGACAUUCUCUCACAAAAGUACAAAAAAUAAUCUUGCUGUUGAAAGUGAGGAUGAGGAUGAUGUUGAGGACGAUGAACUCGACUCAGAUGUAUCAGAAGAGCAAAGUGACACAGGGGAACAUAACCUCGUUGAUUCAGACUCCAAAUUCUCAAAAAGAUUGCAAAACGGUCCUGAGAGUGUUAUUGAAGAUGACUCUGAUGAGGAUGGCGAGUCUGUUGACACAGACAUGAAACUUGAAGGAAGUCUGCUUAGCGAUGAAGAUGGAGAAAGUGAUCAACAAGAACUUGACAACGAAGAUGGUGACUCUGACGAAAGCUCUCCCAGUCCUGAAGUUGAGUCAGAAGAUGAGGAGGGCAUAGAAUUGCAGGACAAUCAAAAUCAGGAAGAUCCUACUAAGUUUGCUGAUGAUCCAUUUGUUGCUCAUAUCUGCCGUGAACUUUCUGAUGAAGCUGCAGACAUAUUAAGCCAACAAAAACCUCCAGUGAAGGUUGAAAAUACUCAGUGGAAAACUCUUGGUCGCCUUGUUGUAACAUUGCCGCAAAUACCAGGGUGUUCAUCAAAUUCUGAUACCAUUCCAAAACUUUCUCUUGAAGAACCCAAGAAAUUUGCUCAGGCAGGGAAAGUUCCUGUAAAAUUGCCUGGACUUGACUUAAACCAGCUUCAUGUAAAAGUCCAACUGCAUGACACAAUUUGUAAGGCCAAUGAAGGUGUUCUGGGUGGGGAAAGUAAGGAAAUUCUUACCCCGCUCCAGCUGGAGCUAUUCACUAUAAUGAACAACUAUCAAGACUUAUACUACCCUGAGCGCACUUUACAAAAUGGGGAAGAGGUUAGAUUUGCAUAUUGCUUGCAUGUUGCCAAUCACAUUAUUAAAACAAGAAACACAGUCUUGCAUCAUAAUUCACGAUUAAACAAGAAAAAUACUGCUGAUGUUCCUGAUGAAUUCCGAGACCAAGGCCUCGUGAGACCUAAAGUUCUCAUUGUGGUCCCAUUCCGUGAACAGGCUCGUAGGGUUGUGGACAUGCUUAUAAAACUACUUGUUCGUAAUGAAGAUAAGGGUGGAGUCAUGAACAAAAAACGCUUUGAAGAAGAAUUUACUGGAGAAGAACUAAUUAUGUCUAAAAAGAAUCCAAAACCAGAGGACUAUCAAACUAUGUUCUCCGGAAAUACAGAUGAUACAUUUCGAAUAGGAUUGACUCUAACCAAAAGCUGUUUAAAGUUAUAUGCAGAUUUCUACUCAGCAGACAUAAUAAUAUCAUCACCUCUUGGUUUGAGAAUGAUUGUGGGUGCUGAGGGUGAGGAAGAAAGGGAUUAUGAUUUUUUGGCAUCCAUUGAAGUUCUCAUAUUAGAUCAAGCCAAUGUUUUCCUAAUGCAGAAUUGGGAUCACCUCCUUCAUGUGUUGGACCACUUGCAUCUACAGCCCAAAGAAUCUCAUGGUACAGAUUUUUCACGUGUGAGGCUCUGGGCGGCAAAUGGAUGGUCAAAGUAUUACAGACAAACUAUCGUGUUGAGCUCAGUGGCUCUUAUUGAGUUUAGUUCUCUUCUGAACAAACGUUGCAGUAACUAUGCUGGAUCAGUUCGUGUUGUGAAUCCCAUAAAUACUGGCACAAUAUGCCAAGUUGUUGUUCAAUUACCUCAGGUUUUCCAAAGACUUGAAGCAAUAUCAGUUACCCAGAGUCUGGAUGUUAGAUUUGACUAUCUGGUUCGGAAAGUCAUUCCAGAUCACACAGACCCACUGAUGGGUCACACAAUGAUCUAUGUACCAUCAUACUUUGAUUAUGUACGAAUUAGAAAUUAUCUACGCAAACAGGAUCUCAGUUUUGUACAAAUUUGUGAAUACUCCAAGGAAGGAAAAGUUGCAAGAGCUAGAGACAUGUUUUACCACAGCCAAGUACAGUUUUUGCUGUAUAGUGAGAGGUUUCAUUUUUUUAGGCGCCCUCUUAUUAAAGGUAUUCGUCACAUCAUAUUUUAUCAGCCUCCAAGUAUGCCUCACUUUUAUAGUGAAAUGUGUAAUCAAAUGCAGGAAGCCAAUCAAAGUCCAUUUGGAGGGAGUGAAAGUAACAUGACAGUUACUGUCCUGUACAAUAAAUUUGAUUCUCCACAGUUGUCUGCCAUUGUAGGAAGUGAACGUGCAUCGCGAAUGAUUUCUUCAGACCGCAAUGUUCAUAUGUUCAUGGCAGGAGAGUAAAUCUUAUGACUUUAAAAUUUACAAUGUGAUAUGAUUUUAGUAUGGGAGCAUAAAACAUUGUGAAAGGGUUGUGAUGGUUCAUAUUUAUUUUUCUUACGAUUGAUAAACUGUAUUACAUGCUUCAGAGAAUAAACUGUACAAAUAACAA